AAGGAGAGAGGGAGGGGGCCGGAGCCCGCCCUGCGCCCCGAGCUGCAGCCCGGCCACGCAGGGAGGAAAGCGGCGGGCAUCCAUCUCCCCCGCGCCGAGAGCGCGCUGCGGCGACCACCGCACAGCAGAGCGCGAAUUUCCCGGCCUUCUCUCCUCCCCUCCCCCUUCCGGGGGCUGGUCUAUCUGUCCGGCCCGGGGGACAGCUGACCUUUCCCCCAACAGCUUUGUGUCGAUUUCUCCAUUUUCCCGCUGAGAUGGGGACGGGAGCCCGGCCCCCCCACCCUCUUUCCCCUCCUCCCGGGGCUCGCCGCUGAGCGCCGCCCCCCUCCCUCCCUCUUCCCUCCCUCUCUCCCUCCCUCCUUUCCGCCUCUGCCUCCUCCGCAGCCGGACCAGCUCCCUCCCACAUCUGGUGCCUAGAGACCCUCGGAAUCCUGCGCAAACUCCCCUGGACCAGCACCCGGCAGAGAGCGCCCCCAGGGGCUUGGGUCGCUCUUGGAGUGGCCAGAGCCGAGGUCCUCUGUCCCCCCGACGGCUGGGGGGAGGGGGGAGGAGGCCGCGCGCCCCCCUCCCCGGCGCCAACUCCCCCUGGCGGCUGCUCCCAUGGGUGUCGCUGGGCCGCGCCAUGCCUAAGGGGGCGCCGCGAUGGGCCAAGGGGACGAGAGCGAGCGCAUCGUGAUCAACGUGGGCGGCACGCGCCACCAGACGUACCGCUCGACGCUGCGCACGCUGCCCGGCACGCGGCUCGCCUGGCUGGCGGAGCCCGACGCCCACAGCCACUUCGACUAUGACCCUCGCGCUGACGAGUUCUUUUUCGACCGCCACCCGGGGGUCUUCGCGCACAUCCUGAACUACUACCGCACGGGCAAGCUGCACUGCCCGGCCGACGUGUGCGGGCCGCUCUACGAGGAGGAGCUGGCCUUCUGGGGCAUCGACGAGACCGACGUGGAGCCCUGCUGCUGGAUGACGUACCGCCAGCACCGCGACGCCGAGGAGGCGCUCGACAGCUUCGGAGGCGCGCCCCUGGACAACAGCGCCGACGACGCGGACGCCGACGGCCCGGGCGACUCGGGCGACGGCGAGGACGAGCUGGAGAUGACCAAGCGCCUGGCGCUCAGCGACUCCCCGGACGGCCGGCCCGGCGGCUUCUGGCGCCGCUGGCAGCCGCGCAUCUGGGCGCUCUUCGAGGACCCCUACUCAUCCCGCUACGCGCGGUAUGUGGCUUUUGCCUCCCUCUUCUUUAUCCUGGUCUCCAUCACCACCUUCUGCCUGGAGACCCACGAGCGCUUCAACCCCAUCGUGAACAAGACGGAGAUCGAGAAUGUUCGGAAUGGCACGCAAGUGCGUUACUACCGGGAAGCAGAGACGGAGGCCUUCCUCACCUACAUCGAGGGCGUCUGCGUGGUCUGGUUCACCUUCGAGUUCCUCAUGCGCGUGGUCUUCUGCCCCAACAAGGUAGAGUUCAUCAAGAACUCACUCAACAUCAUUGACUUUGUGGCCAUCCUCCCCUUCUACCUGGAGGUGGGCUUAAGCGGCCUGUCUUCCAAGGCUGCCAAGGACGUCCUGGGCUUCCUGCGCGUGGUCCGCUUCGUGCGUAUCCUGCGCAUCUUCAAGCUGACCCGCCAUUUUGUGGGCCUGCGGGUCCUGGGCCACACUCUCCGCGCCAGCACCAAUGAGUUCUUACUGCUUAUCAUCUUCCUGGCUCUGGGCGUCCUGAUCUUCGCCACUAUGAUCUACUAUGCUGAGAGGAUAGGGGCACAGCCCAAUGACCCCAGCGCCAGUGAGCACACCCACUUUAAGAACAUCCCCAUUGGCUUCUGGUGGGCCGUGGUCACCAUGACAACGCUGGGCUAUGGAGACAUGUACCCACAGACGUGGUCCGGCAUGUUGGUGGGAGCACUGUGUGCACUGGCGGGUGUGCUGACCAUCGCCAUGCCCGUGCCUGUCAUCGUGAACAAUUUCGGGAUGUAUUACUCCUUAGCCAUGGCUAAGCAGAAACUACCAAAGAAAAAAAAGAAGCAUAUUCCACGGCCACCGCAGCUGGGAUCUCCCAAUUAUUGUAAAUCUGUCGUGAACUCUCCACACCACAGUACUCAGAGUGACACAUGCCCGCUGGCCCAGGAAGAAAUUUUAGAAAUUAACAGAGCAGCUUCUGCUUAUAUGUUUGAAGAUUCCAAACUGAAUGGGGAGGUGGCGAAGGCCGCGCUGGCGAACGAAGACUGCCCCCACAUAGACCAGGCCCUCACUCCCGAUGAGGGCCUGCCCUUUACGCGCUCGGGCACCCGCGAGAGAUACGGACCCUGCUUCCUCUUAUCAACCGGGGAGUACGCGUGCCCGCCUGGUGGAGGAAUGAGAAAGGAUCUUUGCAAAGAAAGCCCUGUCAUUGCUAAGUAUAUGCCGACAGAGGCUGUGAGAGUGACUUGACCAGGCGGCUUGGCCCAGGACACUGGUGGCUAUUAAGCAUCUGGGUGGACCUGCAGCCCCUCCUCACCCUCGGACAGAGUAAAUUCACGCCAUGCAGGUUUGCCGGACGAGUCCGAGUGGCCCAGGCAUUGUACUAGGACGGACGUAGCUUUUCCUACGGCCAAAUGGUAACCGACCGUAGAGGAUUUCUUUUCCUUCUUUUCAUUUUUUAAAGUUUUAUUUUAUUUGGGGAGGGGGGUGGAGGGGUUCCUUAGCAUGACUUGCAUGAAGUUAAACAGAAAACCCAGCCAACCAAACCCACCACCCCCCUGCAACUGUAUGAUUACCCUAAACAACAACGAAAAGAAAAAAGCAAAAGUCCUUUAUUUUCUUUCAAAGCUCUUUACUUUUACACACGUUGUUGGAGCCAAACUGUACCAGCGUUCAGUAGAAACCUGUACCUUUCGGGGGAGGGGGAUGGGAGGAGGGC